CAAAUACUGUACUGUAGAGAGAGGAAGGCACCACCCAACCAUCCCUCCCAGAGGCGGAGAGUCAGCUGAGGGAGGGGGCUGGCCAGCGAUAUAAGCCCAAAGGUGUCACUCAAGUGGCACAAACAGCCCUGCAUGGCACAGAGCAAGCGGCAGGGCAGGGCAGGAGGAGAGGAGCCGGCCUCUGUGCAGGUGUCCUAGUUGCCGGAGGAGAGGGGCUGAUCUCCCCAGGAAACGGGGAGUUGGUGGCGGCAUUGGCACUGGCCAAGCAGGCUUCUGCCGGGGCCCACCUGUGGUCCCAACCAAGCUUCUCUGGAGGCGGAGCUCAGCUAGCUCAGUUUCAGAGAAGACCACCCUGCAUGUCCUGCCAGGUCGUCCCCGUCGACAGCUGGGCCAGUGGGGGUCACGCCAUGGAGGCCCCCCGCGGCCACGCGGCGGCCAUGCUGUCCAUCUCUCCUUCAGUGGAUUUCGUCCUGGGGGCCACGGCCUGCUGCAUGGCCUGCGUCUUCACCAACCCACUGGAGGUGGUGAAGACCCGCCUGCAGCUGCAAGGGGAGCUCCGCUCGCGGGGCACCUACCCCCGCCAUUAUCGGGGGGUCCUGCACGCCAUGGUGGCUGUCAGCCGGGCUGAUGGGCUCCGGGGGCUCCAGAAAGGCCUGACGGCCGGGCUGCUCUACCAGGGACUGAUGAACGGCGUGCGGUUCUGCUUCUACUCCCACGCCGAAGACAUCGGCUUGACGCAGCAGCCGGGCGGGACCAUCGUGGCGGGGGCCGUGGCUGGGGCGCUGGGGGCCUUCGUGGGCAGCCCAGCCUAUCUGGUCAAGACGCAUCUCCAGGCCCAAACGUUGGCCGCCAUCGCCGUGGGGCACCAGCACAACCACCAGAGUGUCUCCAGUGCCUUUGAGACCAUCUACAAGAAGCAGGGCCUCCUGGGACUGUGGCGAGGGGUGAACGGGGCUGUGCCUCGCGUCAUGGUGGGCUCAGCUGUCCAGCUGGCCACUUUCGCCUCUGCCAAAGAGUGGGUCAGGAAGCAAAAGUGGUUCAAGGAAGACAGCUGGAUGGUGGCGCUUGCCGGUGGGAUGAUCAGCAGCGUGGCUGUCGCUGUGGCUAUGACACCCUUUGAUGUGGUGUGCACCAGACUCUACAACCAGCCAGUGGACGAGCUGGGCAUGGGCAAGCACUACCGCGGCUUCUUUGACUGUGUGGUGCAAGUCACUAGCAAGGAGGGCGUCCUGGCCCUCUACAAGGGCCUGGGGCCUGCCUACCUCCGCCUGGGACCACACACCAUUCUCAGCCUCCUCUUCUGGGACGAACUGAGGAAAUUCACCUACCAGCUCCAGGGGGCUUGAAAAAACCCUGCAAGAAAAGACGACAUUUCCAGAGAGAGGGGCACCCUCUCUCUUCCUCCCUCUCCCCGCCUCACUGAUGGGACCAGAACUUGGGGGUGGGAGGCUGGUCUUUUCCCAGGGGCAGCUCUGGAAUGAAUGAAGAGCGGGGCUUUCGGCGCUGCCUGUCCUCUUUUCCCUGGACCCAGAGGUCUUGGGGUGGGGGUGGUCAUACAGCCCCUUCCUCCAGGAGAUGGUUGGGAGCACCAGGCCCUUCCCCAUCUCGUUUUCUCACUCAUCAUGUGAUGCCAGAGAAGCGGCCUCCCAGAACCAACUUUGUAGAUUUGGAAAAGCAAGAAUUGCAAACACACACUCAAUGCACGAGAAGGACGGAUGCCUCCGAGCCAAACAGCAGCUUCACAUCAACGUGACCUUUUGGGGGGGGGUUGAGGCUGCUCAGGGAGGGGCAUCCCUGGACCAGCUGCAGCUCCACCUGUGCAGAUUUGGGUGUUUGGUGGCCUGCAAACAGUAUCCUGCCCAUUCCCUGCCUGGAGACACACACUCCCUGCCACCAAAUGGGUAGGGAAUGGGCACCAGGUGUUAACAGAUCCAAAUUAAAGGGUAAAUGGCGUGAGCCUCUCCCAGUUAUGAGGCCUGAUGGGCCAGUGUUGCUUUGGUUGGUGCAGAAGGAUCCUAAGCUUGGGGUGUGAGCCAGCAUCCAAGGUAGGCUCCAGCACAUCCCUCUGCCUGUGCCAGGGGAAGAGGAGAAAGCCCCAAGGAGCAACAGGGAAGGUGAGCAGAAAGACAAAACAUGAGCAGAGAGUGAGAGGCUAAAGUGGGUCGCCCUUAGCAGAAGAGGCUCCUGCUUUUUGCAGAGGUGGAGGCCUCUGUCCUAGAAGCAGUGGCACCCUCACAAAGCCCAUUCAGUCCACAGGAGUUGGGGAAGGCACUGUAGCUCUGUGGCCUCCUUGGCAUUUGCAGGCAGUCCCAGGCUCAGUCUCCCGGCCUGAAACCCUGGAGAGCUGGCAAUAGUGAGCUAGGCGGCCUCCGGUGUGUCUGAAGGUCUGUUUGGAACCUCUGAACCCAUCAGAUGGUAGUUCGAGGAGUGCAAGCAGGAGAGGAGCUGUGGCCACUUUCAGGAACAGCAGAGCUGUGUUUUGGGUUGAUGUCGAAACCCCUGAGCCUCUGACAUUUCGACCCUGCCAAGUUCCCGUCUGUCCUCCUUGCACCUUGCCAAGAACAGAGCACCCCCCCUCCCGCUGGGACUGGGAAAGGGGGGGGGCGGCAGGUUCGCUCAGCAAGGUGAUCUUGUUUCCUCCAACAGCUGCUGUAACUGGAGCCCGGUGGCUCAAGCCCAAUAAAGAUUGUUUCUACUUUGUUGUAUUUAUAGCCCUCUCUCAGGAGGUGUCAUUUGGGGGGGGGAGUGCUUUCCAUGGAUGAGUAGGCAACGUUCAGUUCAGCAAAAUAGGUCUGGGGGUGGGUUCUAAGCCACAUUAGGCCGCCUUGCCCCCCGCUUUCUUUCCAGGGGAGUUGGCAGGGAGCCCCCGUCCCCCACCAGCACAAAUCUAGAAAGUCACGUGAACCAUGAGUUGCUAACGUGCCUUUAGAAAGCCAGGGGUGGGAAACAAGGGCACUGGCUUGCCCCACAAGGUUGUUGUGAGGGUCACUCAGAUGAUGGUGUGUGUGGUGUCGUAAUAUUGGGGAACGCUAUAUAAAUCCCCUUGUGCAAACACUGUCACAGAGAGAGAGAGAGAGAGAGAGAGAGAGAGAGAUCCCCUUGUGCAAACACUGUCAGAGAGAGAGAGAGAGAGAGAGAGAGAGAGA